UUUUCAUGAUGUCAUCCAUUCAUCAUUGUGAGCUGAUUGGUGGCCCCAGGCCUUGGCUGGCUGCCCAAGGCCAGGAGGGAAGAAAGAGGACCCAGGACAAAUGCGCAGCAGGCCCCUGAGUAUGUGCGGAAAUGUUGUCAUCAGUUCCACAUAGAAAGACUUGGAACAAAUCGAAGAAGACAGUAAAAGUCACAAGAUCCUAUCCAACCUUCCCUUCCCUGAAUGCCUGGGAAGAAUUCAGGGGCCUCUUUCCUGUGGAUGGGGAACCAAAUCCUGGAGUGGGCCUGGGUGUGGAGGAGGGACUGCUCGGCCAGAUGGUUCAUUCUCCAGAAUUCAACCUGUUUCCUGAAUCAGUGGUGUUUGAAAGCAACUUUGUCCAGGUCAGAAAGGGCAGGAACUGGAUAGACAUCUACAAAGCCUGCAACACCAUGGCCCUGGGGGUGACCUCCUCCGUGCCCUGCCUGCCUCUUCCCAACAUCCUCCUCAUGGCCAGUGUCAAAUGGCACCACGGGCAGAACCAGACAUGGAACAAACCAUCCACAGCCCCCAAGAUCAUCCUGAAGAGGAUUCUCCCAUUGAAGUUUGUGGAGCUCCAGGUCUCUGACCGCCUUCAACGUGUCCUGCGGUUGAGGACAGUCACAGAGAAGAUAUACUAUCUAAAACUCCACCCCGACCACCCUGAGACUGUCUUCCACUUCUGGAUCCGGCUCAUUCAAAUUCUGCAGAAGGGCCUGUCCAUCACCACCAAAGACCCCAGGAUUCUUGUCACUCACUGCCUGGUACCCAAGAGUAGCUGCAGUCCCUCAGGAGACUCACAGUUAGUACAGAAGAAACCCCAAGCUUCCCAGCCCAGCGAGAGCCUCAUGCAGCUGAUGGCCAAAGGGGAGAGUGAGGCCCUCUGUCAGAUCUUUGCUGACUUGCAUCAGCACCACCUGUUCAGGUACAUGACUCAAAUCCAGCCAGCUUGAUGUCCACAGGUGGUCUGCCCCAGAGACCCAGAAACCAAGUAAUCUGGUUAAGGGGCACAAGGAAGUACAUGAAAUUCUGCCCUUCCAUAUCCAAUCCAGUCUGUAUUCUUGACUCAGGGAAACCUUUCUGUGGUCUCCUUGCCUGCUUGUCCUCCACAAGCACUGUGGGCUUGACUUCAGAGGAGGAUAUUCAUAAAAAAUGAAAAGUAACCUCUUCAAUAUUAAGAAUAAAUUAGUGACACAGUGGAAAUGUAAAACCUAAUUUCUAAUCUAGUUUCUAGAUUUCCUGCUGAGAAAUAAUCAAAACAUUGUUUAAAACAUCCUCUAACACUGAGUUCCUUUACCUACAUACUUGGCCUCUGCUUGGACUCUAUGGAGCUUCUGUGGUCAUUUUUUUAAGUGUUUUCUGGAAAGCUCCCUCAUGUAGGCCUGUCUUCUCCAUGUCUGAGGAAAUGUCAUUGUAGGUACAGAUGACUUGGGGUUGACUCUUAGGACUGGUGUAUGAGAGAGACAAAAGCACAGCGCAGUUAGACCUCAGAGUACCACGGCCAGAGAGCAAAGAUCAAGUGGGAACCAGAGUCCUAGCGAACUUGACAUGUGGUGUCAAAGAAAAGAGAGAACAGAAAUAAGUUAGUAAAUGUCACCAUGAGAGAAAGACAGCAGAGAAGGAGAUUUUGUCAUGACAGGGACCAGCAACUCAGAGAGAGAAUUUUAAAGAGAAAGUUCUUUUGCAUGUAUGAGUGCCAGUAAUAAACUGAAAAUCAGGUUAGCACAGAGGAGGCGAAGUCUCAUAGUGGGUAAGUGCUCACAUAGGUUUGGACCCAAGUCACUGCUCUGACUAUGAGCCCUUGGGCACAUUGCUUAACUCUGCUGGGCCUCAGUUUUCAGAUCUGUAAAGUGGAAAUUAUGAUAAUGCCAACCUCAUCCAGAUAGUGUCAGUAUAAAAUGAACCCAAAUGCAUCAAGUGCUUGGCUGGUCCUCAGCAAAUUUAGAGGCAGUUAUAAGUUAACUUUCAACAAAUAUUAACUUGUAUUCUAACUUGGGCUGAAAGUAGAAAAGUGAUAACACAAGAAAAAGACUUAUUAGUUGCCCACUGUUGAAUAAUUUUUUAUACUGGGGUUGUCACUUGGUAUAUCACACAGAGAUCUGUAAUGAAGAAGUUCCAGGGUAAGAUAUCACAUUCUGAACAGGAGACCUCUGGACUUAAUACAGCAAUUUUUUUUUUUUUUUUUGGGACCACACCACUCAGCUUGCAAGCUCUUAGCUCACUGACCAAGGGUAGAACUCCUGACCCCAGGCAGUGGAAGUGCAGAGUUCUAACCAUUGGACCAUCAGGGAAUUCCCAGAACAAGAUAUUCUGAAGCAACUUUUUGAUUGUCUCAAAAUGUUAACUCACAGAUUUUCUUUAUUACUCUUAGGACAAGCCUCUGUUUAUACCUCAUUAGCCACACCUAUAUUUAGUCAAAGCUAU